ACAGGAGAGACAAGAAGUACAACGCAAACGAUAAGCUCCAAGAAUCUGUCGGCUUUCCCAGAACCCAAGGGUCAGAAAAUAGCCAUGGCAGUCACAGCAUUCAACCCACUGAAACUUGCAUCUUCGCCUCGAGAUUCGUUUCCUUCAAUCUCCUCUUCAACUUCUUAUUCGGUGUCUCUGAUAAGCUUCGGUAUCAGAAACUCCGUGGGAUCUCCUCUCAAGAGAUGUCUAAAGCAGACGUGUUCUGUUCGAGCCAUGUCUUCCUCCUCUUCUCCGUCAUUCGGAUCGGGAAUGGAGGAGAGCGUGAAGAAAACGGUGGCUGAUAACACUGUGGUUGUUUACUCGAAAACUUGGUGCCCAUACUGUUCUGAAGUGAAGACAUUGUUCAAGAGACUUGGAGUUCAGCCACUGGUGGUUGAGUUGGAUGAACUUGGUCCACAAGGGACACAACUGCAGAGCGUACUGGAAACACUUACUGGGCAACGCACUGUUCCUAAUGUGUUCGUCGGAGGCAAGCACAUUGGUGGCUGCACAGAUACAGUAAACCUGAACAGGAAAGGAGAACUGGAAUUGAUGUUAGCUGAAGCCAACGCUAAAACCGAUCAGACUUGAGGAAAUGAUGGAAACUGGCUUUGGAGAUGAACCCACUUCUCUCUCUCUCUCUUUUGUAAACAUUGAACCUCGAUUUCUUUCGUCUACACUUUCUAGAACAUCAUUCAAAUAAUACAUGAACAGAGGUAAAGUUGCAGAGA